UACCAAAAAUUUCUGUACAGAAAAAACAGCAAACACAAGCAAAGAAGAAGCGUCCGACGAGAAAAAAUUAAUUUCCAAUGUUUUUUUAUAAAUAAAUUUAAUUAACUAAAUAAUAAAAAUAUAAAAAUUUAUGAAAAACAAAGAAUUUCAUUGAAAUGCCAAAAAAUAAAAUGAAAGUUUAGCCAGGAAAAAUGUAAAAUAAAAAAUUGCAAAAUUUGUGGAUGAAGAAAAAAAAAAGAAACGAAAAAAAUUUUCACUUUUUGUGUAAUGUGAGUGAAGUAAAUGGAAAAAGGUUAAGAAAACCUCUCAAAAAAUUUGUGAAAUUAAAUCGUAAAAAGUGUAAAAUAAACAAAAUUAAAAUUUAUAACAAAUAAUAAAUUAUUUAAACUUGCAAAACCAUCCAUGGAAUAAGUGAAAAACAUCGUUUAUAGAAAAGCAAACAAGAAAAGGCUUUAGACCAGAAAAUCACUGAAGCAUAAAAAAACGAAAAUUACAAAAAAAGUUUACAAAUUUAUUUAAAAAAUGCUUUGUUUAUAAAGAAAAUAAGCAAAAAAUAUACUUUUUUUAGCCAACCUUCGUAUUCGAGGAUUUUCUUAUUUUUAUUUUAUUUUUACGCCUCUGCUUUGUUACGGUUGUUUCGUGCCAAUUUGCUCUUCCCACGUUCGUACGGUUGUUUUAUUGUCGUUUACCUUUUACACCGCAAAUUCGCAUUUCAAAACGUGUGUUUGUGUAUUUUAGAAGAGUAACAGAAAGUGUGUGUGUGUUGUGCGAGCGAGUGAGUGAGUGUGUAAAUGACAAUUGUGUACAUGAGUAGAGUGGCAACCCGCUGUUUUGUAACGUGCAUGACCUGCUGGUAGAUCACGGCGUGACUCUUCCAUUUUUCUACUCCAAAAUUGGAAAAAUCCUUGGAUACCUCCCAAAAAACACAAAAAAAAGAAAAAAAAUAAAACAUUAACAACAUGUUAUUGAUAUUAAACAUUUAAAAACUAAAAUUUCAUUUGAAAACAACAAAACAAUCCAGCUGGGUCUUUUCUAACCCAGAUCAUCUUGGCAUUUUUUGUUUUCCAUUGAACACCCAUUUAUCUUCAUAUCCAAUUGAUUAUAUUAAAUAAUACAAAAGAAAACACAAAACUGCAAUCAUGGAGCUAGAGGAAUUAUCAAAUCUAAGCAAAAAUGAUUUUUUGCCUUUAAUACCUUCGAUUAAGCAGGAGCAAUUGGAUACCGCUUUAUCAGAUAUGGAUACACAAGAACAUUUAACAGCCUCUACAUCAGCUGCAGCAGCUUCCACAUCUUCAUCAUCAUCUUCCAUAGUCAAUCAUCCAUGUGAUAGUGCGGAGAAAAGAUCUGAAUCUACAUCGACCUCAAUAUCAUCGAAUAUAUCCAAACCCAUUGCAACAAAAUGUGUUUUUUGCGCACAAACACUGGGCAUCAAUGAUCGUCCGAAAUUGCUGGAAUGUUUGCACGUCACCUGUUCACAAUGUAUGAGUACGAAAUUCGCCGAACUAGAUCGUACUAUGCCUCCAUUAAUACACUGUCCCAUUUGUAAUAUGGCCUCACAGAAUGAAUUCAUUAUUGAUAAUCAAUUUUUAAUUGAACAUUGCACCGGUGCUGGUGAUAUGUCAGCGGAUGCUAAUGAUUCCAUCGGUUCAAAGACCUCAAACAAUAUACCGUGCAGCAGUUGCUCGGACAAUAACAUAGCCACUUCGUGGUGUGUCGAUUGUUCCGAAUAUAUAUGUGAUAGUUGUGUGCAGGCUCAUCAACGUUUAAAAAUAACUAAAGAUCAUACGAUCAAACCCAAAGAGGAGGCUAACAACGAACAAUUGCCCAGUUCGGCUGUUGAUAAAUUACACAUGUGCGUAUUGCAUCCUCAGGAAAAGCUGUCGCUAUAUUGUGAAACCUGCGAAAAACUAACAUGUCGAGAUUGUCAGUUAAGCGAUCAUCGUGAUCAUAAAUAUAAGUUUGCACAUGAAAUUGCCACCGAAACAAGACAUGCGAUUACCUCAAUGGUAGCGGAAAUCAACUAUAAACGUUUCUUACUCACUUCGGCCAUGCAAGUCAUUGCCGAACGACAAAAGGUGAUUUCGGAUAAAAAGAAAGAAUUGAUUAAAGAAAUAACAGCCAUGGUUGUGACAAUUACCAAUACGGUUAAUAUGCGUGGCAAACAGUUGGUAAUGCGUUUGAAUGAAGUUUGUGAUGGUAAAUUAAAACUGUUGGUCGAUAAGCGAGAUUCUCUCAUUUCACUCUCUGAUAAUACCGAUUAUUGUAUUGAUUUCAUUGCAAAUGUUUUGGAUAAGGGUAGUGAUUAUGCAAUAUUGUCGAGUAAAAAGUCAUUGGUUAGACAUUUACAGAAGCUGAAGUGUCAACGGGCUGAUAUACCAAAUCCAGAUAUACCGUUACGCAUCGAUUUACAAAUGUGUCAAAUACAACAAUUACAAAAAGAAAUUUCACGCCUUGGUAAUAUACUUGUCGAUGGCAAACCCUAUCCACCGCAACCAUCACCACCACCCCAGCAGCAACAACGUCAACAGCCAAGUCCCAAUAUGGCACCACCUUUGCGACCUGGUAUGCCGCCGGGAAUGCAGGCUGGUAUGUCGCCGGGUGUGCCGCCACCACCAGGAGGAUUUGGUCCACAAAAUGGUCCUGGCCUAUACAACAGCAAUUCACCGCAACAACAUGUGCACAACAUGCAGAUGAAUCGUAGUUUUGCUGGUGAGGGGCCAGUACGUUAUGGUGGUUUACCGCCCUCAUUAGCAAUGCAACGUCAAGGGCAGCCUCAUGUUAGUUCCUCAACACAUCCACAAAAUAUGGACAUAAGCCUACGUGGUUUAUUAAAUAAUCAAGCUGCUCAAAGUCCAAAUCAACCGCCUCAUAUGCCACCCUUCAAUGGACCGCCCAGUUAUCCGGGAGGACCACAGGGAGCACCAUCGCCACAACAAAUGGGUCCUCAAAUGCGUCAGCAUUUUAUGGGCGGUCCACCGGGUCAGCAGCAUCAGAAUUACGCACCCACGCCGCCUGGUGGACCAAAUAAUCCAAACUUUAUGAAUAACAGCGCAGCAGCAGCGGCCGCCGCACGUUUCCAAUCAUACCAACGUAUGUCAAGUCAUGCCCAACAACAAGCAGCCGUAGCUGCCAUGGCCUCAUCCGGUCAGGGACAAAUACCAUCACCAAAUGCCAUGCAAAGACCACAAAUGCACCAUAAUCCCAUGCAAAAUAACAUGGGGUUUCACGGAAACCAGCCUGGUUUUAAUGCCGGCCAUCCACAAACCUCACCACAAUUAGGUGGUGGCGGCGCUGGAGGCGGAGCCGGCGGUGGCAGUGGUAUACACAUGGCUAAAUGGCAUAUACCUCAAUCUGCUCAAAGUAAUUGUUGCUCUCAGCAAGGGCCAAACUUGAUGAGGUUUGCCAAUGGUCAUCAAACAGAAAAUUUUAAAAUCUCAUUGAAAUCACCAAAUACUCUUAAGAAUACCACACCUCCCACAACAGGCAGUUCAGCUGGUCAUGGUAUGCCUGGUGGCGGUGGUGGUGUUGGUAGCAAUGUCUCCGCACAUGGCAGUAAUUCUAUAUUAAAUGCCGCCUCAUUGGGCUUAAGUCCAGCUGUUUCUAUCCUGCCAAAUGUAACAUCAACAAAUCCUAAAACACCGAGUCCUAGUACACAUGAGACCUCUAAAGAUUUCACAGAACCUAUUGAUAAAGUACGUGAUGAUUCCAUUAAUGAUUUAAUGGCCACUAUAGCUAAAUUAGAUUCCAAUGGUGUGCAGGUACUGCCAGAGGGACGUACAAAAACAACAUCUCCACAGGUUCACAGUUCCACAGAUUUAUCGAAUACACAGGAAGUUCAUAAUACAAAAACUACUGAAAAAGAUGAUCCAAAUGAAGAUUGGUGUGCCGUUUGCUUGGAUGGUGGCGAACUAAUGUGUUGCGAUAAAUGUCCCAAAGUAUUCCAUCAAAAUUGUCAUAUUCCUGCUAUAUCCUCACUACCCGACGAAAGUGAAAGUUGGCAAUGUUUGCUGUGUGUGAAUCUCAAGGAAUUGGCCAGCAAUCCUGAUAAUCUACAAAAGAAUCCGGGUGAAUUAAGCCGUUUGGAAUUGCAAAUACUACAGCGCAUCUGUUUGGAAUUGUUCUGUCAAUAUGAGCAGAGUUUACAUUUCCGUGAACCGGAACCACCUUCAAAUACCGCUUACUAUGAAAUUGUUUGCAACCCCAUGUCUUUGGAUGUUAUACGCACACGUCUGGAUCCUUCUAGCCAGAAUCAUUACAAGGAUAUUUCUUCCUUUAUAGCUGAUGUUCGCUUGAUUUUUAAGAAUACUUAUCUAUUCUAUCAAGUGAAUUCCAAAUACGUUUAG